AUGUCGUACGAAGGUUCAGGGCUAACCGCAUCCGCAAAACCCGACAUUUGGCACCCAACGUGGGGCGAGGUGACACCUGGGGCUGACGACGAAGGCGGCGUCGAUGCGUGCGCUGACGAGGUCGGCGUCGAAGCUCGUGCGGGCUCGUGCGGCGGGCCGGCACCGCGGGACGACCAGCGACGCGGUGGCGACGCAUCGUCCGCCAGCGAGGGUGCAGCGUCCAGGAACGGUGAGGCGAAUACGGCGUUGGACGACGCGUUUGUUGGGGACACGGCCGGUGACUGCGACGACCUUGAAGCACAGGUCAGAAAGUUCCGGGAUGACAACGCGGCGGCCGUGAAGAAAAGGGAAAAGAUGAGGAAGAAGAGGCGGAAAAGGAAGGAAAACAAAAACAGGGACGGGAGCAAAACCGCAGAUGAAUUGCCGCAUGGUGACGAGGAAACUCGAAAGCACAAAGACUCUGCGGAGGCCAAGAAGUCUCGACGUGGCGAACGGAAUGUAGCCGAGGUCGUUAAAGAGGUCAGGGAGUGGCAAAGUGGUGACGAAGAGAUCGAGGAGUUCCGACAUGGUGAAGCCGACGUCGCUGAAGAAGGAAGAGCCGAGGAGAAUACAGGGGGUGACGACGGUACUGGUGGCUGGGAGGCAGCAGCCAGCUGCGCGGAUGGUGAAGUCGAAGAGGAUGCGGAGGAAGUAGAAUAUUACGAGGCGGGCAUGGUCCGCGAUGGCGAGUGGGACGAGAAAACGAAGUGCGUGGACGCCGGCGACGCAGACAACGACGAUUACGUGAACGAUGCCGCAGGUGUUGAGGAGAAACCCGUUUAA